CACAAAACUGCACAUUAGCCCAUACAUGUGUAUUAUUAGGUUAAUCGUGGUAUAAAUGUAUAUGUAUCUGUAUAUUUGUCUACUUUCUUCUCCUCGCUCUCAUACCCUUGAAUUUGAGUGAUUUAAUCCCGUGAAAACCACAAACAAGUAAACACUGAUCUGCGUAUUACAGACGUAAGAGACACAGUGACAUUUGAUACAGACCAGCAGCAGAACAGAUUUAGACCUGGCUAAAAAAACACAAGUGCAUGCUGAUGCAUUUUUGUCGUUCUGAUUGAUCCCAAGCAACAACUAAUUGACUAAUUAACCUGUUUAUUGUACAUGUCAAAGGAAAAGGCUCAGCCGGAGCCAACCGGUGACAAAUGGACCUCCCUGCAUGCUGCAAAUGCUUCGGGUUGAAACACUGGAGGAGCUGGUUUCUAUUUCAAGAUUACGCUGAGCACGAAGACUCAGCUGGAAGACGCCGGGCUCCGAAUGGGAUCCACAGAGCAGCGCUGCGUCGCGGUGAGAAGGAGUGAGAGCAGGCUCAUCGAGGUGGCAUAACAAUGGACGCCGCGGCAGAAGAUGCGUCGCGGGUGGACGUGGACUCCGAAAUGAGGGCCAUGACGCCUGAAGAACUCCUCGGACAAGACCUCGAGGCCGGCGAUGAAGUGGAGACCCUCAGAAACAGCUUACGCAAGGUCGUCCACGACGACAACGUCCGACCCAAGAUGCAGUGCCUGAUGAUGGACUCCUCCUUCUCCAUGGUGGCGAUGCAAGGCGAGGACAGCGGGAUCGCCUGGGAGACGACCCCCGGCCGCUGCGCCACGCCGUGGGCGUCCGAGGCCGGAACCUACGGCGCGGACCCCGGCUCCGCCGCGCCGGGGUCAGCGCCGGCGGGGAAGAUCAUCUUCGUCAUGGACGAGGAGCUGCUUUCGAGACGGAAGAAAAGCAAAGAGGGGGCCGACCGGAAGAGCAAAGCAGCGGGACAGAUAGGGCUCCUCGGGGAAAGCUCCGAGAGCGUCUCUGGGAGGCCGGAGUUAGUCGAAGUGUCGCGGCCGAACGUGAAGCCCGAGGACGGGGACAAAGAGGAGGCCUCCGAUCCCCUGGUGGACAAAGAGCAGCGGCUCUUCUGCCUGGUCUCCGAGGGCUCUGAAAUCCUCAACAUCGUCGUUCCCCCAAAACUGGCGUCCGUGGACGAGGAGGAGAGCAAAGAAAUGGCGGACAACCUUUCUUAUCUGGAGGAGAGUGUUGUUCACAAAGGCGUCGGGGAGGGUCACGACAGCGAUCCGGUGUUCGCGGGAUCCGGUGCGGCGGGAGGGGAUCCGGUGGAGUUCUCCUCUUCCGUCGCGGGCACAAACGCAACGGAUCCACCGGGCGCUCCAGUGACCAGGCCCGGAGGAGCCGCCGGCAACGUGGACUACUUCGAGGCGUUUGCCCUGAUUGACGCCCAGGCGCCGGGGAGUCCCGCUGUGGCCGCCGCACAGGUGGAGCUAGGAGAGGAGGUCGUCUCCGAGGUCCGGGAUGCCUUGAGUCAUUCGCGACCUGAAGGAGACAACAACGCCCCAACAACAACAGCAACAACCGUGGAUGAUGACAUGUCGGACACAAUGAGUCUGGCGGAAAUCACCAGCGAGCUUCUGGAUGAGGUCUUCUACGGCGGUACGGGCAGUUUCUCCAUGGAACCUCAGGACAAAGACGACGGACACGGCGCGCCUUCGAGGUUCCCCUCAAAGCCCAGCGGCUCCACUUUGUUCGGAAGCCAAGAAGACGUACUGACUCCGAUCUUCCUGCCGGACGGACCUCCCAAGAUCAUCGACCAGAUCUUGCUGGAGGAGCCCAAAGCCAUGGCUUUCCUCUACACCGACCUGUACGAGGAGGCGGUCGGCAGUCGCAAGAAAGAAGAGGACACGGAAAGCGUGACGUCGGAGAAGUCCUUCCACAGCAGGCAUUCUGACCGGGAGGCCCGAGGAUAUUUAGAGAAGUAUGUCCUCAUGGACGAGACUCCUGCGCUGGAAGCGGAGCCGCCUGACCAGGACAAAUCUCCGGAGGAAGGUCCUCGGGUACUGGCCCAAGAUUUGUACGACUUUGGCGAUUUGCUCUCCCCGCCUGAAGACGGUGAGAUGCCAAAUUCCGAGGAGGAAAUCACGGACUUCUUCAGGACCAGUGCCAACGCUUCUCCCUUGGAUGUGGAGCCUUUCCCUCGAUCUCUCGAAGAGGACGAACCCCAAACAACUGCAAACAUGAAAAAAAGGGUCUCCGUCGUGUUGGAAAACGUGGCUAAAAUCCCGGCGGAUCCACUCGCCGUCUCAAGCUUCGAGCUUCUCCCGGAGGAACCCGACUGGGGGAGCGCAGAUGAACACCACGCGGCUCCGGACGAGAAAGAGGUCGGCACACUUGAGGAAGUGCGGGAGCCAGAUUCGGAAACGGCGAAGCCAGUUGCACCUCCGAGGAGAAAGGUCACGCCCUCUCCCAAGGCGUGUCUGGACCUCACACCUUUGACCCCCGUUGACGUUAUCCUGCAGGAAGAGGCUGGUGGAAAGGAGCACAGGGUGGAGGAGAAAGAGACGGCAUCGCCGGCAGAGGCCGCCGACGGAGAGGAAGUGAUGCAGGACAUCGCCAACGCCGCCCUGCUUCAAAACGCACUGGACGCGAUGGAGACCCCGCAAACUGAAGGCGUGGAAGGCGUCCGGGACACAAACCCGGCUGGAGCUCAGGAGAGGGACUCGGGAAUGUUGGAGGCAAUGGGAGCAAGUGAGAGGGAAGCGGCUCAGAGACAAACCGAACCGGAAGAAGUAGAUGUUAAGUCGACGGAAUUGGUUCAUCCGGAGAAACGAGGCGACGGUUCAGCUGAGCCAGCAAAAGACAAAGGACAGUGUGUAAUACUUUAGGUGAGAUUCAACCGGUUUAAUGUCAAGGGCCUUGCUGAUGGGUCAUCGUUUGAGUUUUUUUUAAAUCCCAGUAUCCUAUAAUCCACCGAGGGAAAAUUAUUUACACUUUAACACCUACGGUCCUAAUGGGUAAUUUUUUGGUGACCACUUUGCACCUGGCUGUUCUCACACGUUACUCUGUCAGUGAUCAAAUAUCCAGAAGAGGAGGAUCACUUCUUGUUUGGGGUUGUAUAUCCAGUCUCUGCGGUUUGAAGGACUGGCGCAUGAAUCAUAGCUUGUGUGCUCGUGUUUUGAAGGGAAAAGUUUGGGUCACGGGUGUGAAUAAAAAAGGGUGAGACGUGA